AGGCAGCGCCCGCCCCUGCCCCCGCUGAUUGACAGGCCGUGCAGCUACUCCUGGAAGCCUGGCUUUCGGGGGCAACCCAGGCAGAGGUGACUAUCUCUGCAGCAACCAAUAGCAGCCAGGAGGCGGGGCGGGGAAGCGGCGCGGUCAGGUGCUCCGCUCCAGAGUUGAGCGCAGGUGAGCUCCUGCGCGUUCCGGGGGUGCCCUUUCCUCCAGUCACCUUCCCGCAGUUACCCGCGGCGCGCCGGAGGGAGUCUCCUCCAGACCCUCCCUCCCGUUGCCCCAAACUAAUACGGACUGAACGGAUCGCUGCGAGGGUGGGAGAGCAAAUUAGGGGGAGAAAGGACAGAGAGAGCAACUACCAUCCAUAGCCAGAUAGAUUAUCUUACACUGAACUGAUCAAGUACUUUGAAAAUGACUUCAAAAUUUCUCUUGGUGUCCUUCAUACUUGCUGCACUGAGUCUUUCAACCACUUUUUCUCUCCAACCAGACCAGCAAAAGGUUCUACUAGUUUCUUUUGAUGGAUUCCGUUGGGAUUACUUAUAUAAAGUUCCAACGCCCCAUUUUCAUUAUAUUAUGAAAUAUGGUGUUCAUGUGAAGCAAGUUACUAAUGUUUUUAUUACAAAAACCUACCCUAACCAUUAUACUUUGGUAACUGGCCUCUUUGCAGAGAAUCAUGGGAUUGUUGCAAAUGAUAUGUUUGAUCCUAUUCGGAACAAAUCUUUCUCCUUGGAUCACAUGAAUAUUUAUGAUUCCAAGUUUUGGGAAGAAGCGACACCAAUAUGGAUCACAAACCAGAGGGCAGGACAUACUAGUGGUGCAGCCAUGUGGCCCGGAACAGAUGUAAAAAUACAUAAGCGCUUUCCUACUCAUUACAUGCCUUACAAUGAGUCAGUUUCAUUUGAAGAUAGAGUUGCCAAAAUUAUUGAAUGGUUUACGUCAAAAGAGCCCAUAAAUCUUGGUCUUCUCUAUUGGGAAGACCCUGAUGACAUGGGGCACCAUUUGGGACCUGACAGUCCGCUCAUGGGGCCUGUCAUUUCAGAUAUUGACAAGAAGUUAGGAUAUCUCAUACAAAUGCUAAAAAAGGCGAAAUUGUGGAACACUCUGAACCUAAUCAUCACAAGUGAUCAUGGAAUGACGCAGUGCUCUGAGGAAAGGUUAAUAGAACUUGACCAGUACCUGGAUAAAGACCACUAUACCCUGAUUGAUCAAUCUCCAGUAGCAGCCAUCUUGCCAAAAGAAGGUAAAUUUGAUGAAGUCUAUGAAGCACUAACUCACGCUCAUCCUAAUCUUACUGUUUACAAAAAAGAAGAGAUUCCAGAAAGGUGGCAUUACAAAUACAACAGUCGAAUUCAACCAAUCAUAGCAGUGGCUGACGAAGGGUGGCACAUUUUACAGAAUAAGUCAGAUGACUUUCUGUUAGGCAACCACGGUUAUGAUAAUGCGUUAGCAGAAAUGCAUCCAAUAUUUUUAGCCCAUGGUCCUGCCUUCAGAAAGAAUUUCUCAAAAGAAGCCAUGAACUCCACAGAUUUGUACCCACUACUAUGUCACCUCCUCAAUAUCACCACCAUGCCACACAAUGGAUCAUUCUGGAAUGUCCAGGAUCUGCUCAAUUCAGCAAUGCCAAGGGUGGUCCCUUAUACACAGAGUACUAUACUCCUCCCUGGUAGUGUUAAACCAGCAGAAUAUGACCAAGAGGGGUCAUACCCUUAUUUCAUAGGGGUCUCUCUUGGCAGCAUUAUAGUGAUUGUAUUUUUUGUAAUUUUCAUUAAACAUUUAAUUCACAGUCAAAUACCUGCCUUACAAGAUAUGCAUGCUGAAAUAGCUCAACCAUUAUUACAAGCCUAAUGUUACUUUGAAGUGGAUUUGUAUAUUGAAGUGGAGAUUCCAUAAUUAUAUCAGUGUUUAAAGGUUUCAAAUUCUGGGAAACCAGUUCCAGACAUUUGCAGAAACCAUUAAGCAGUUACAUAUUUAGGUACACACACACACACACACACACACACACACACACAGGGACCAAAAUACUUACACCUGCAAAGGAAUAAAGAUGUGAAAGUAUGUCUCCAUUGUUCACUGUAGCAUAGGGAUAGAUAAGAUCCUGCUUUAUUUGGACUUGGCACAUAUAAUGUAUAUAUUUAGCAACUUUGCACUAUGUAAAGUACCUUAUAUAUUGCACUUUAAAUUUCUCUCCUGAUGGGUACUUUAAUUUGAAUGCACUUUAUGGACAGUUAUGUCUUAUAACUUGAUUGAAAAUGACAACUUUUUGCACCCAUGUCACAGAAUACUUGUUACUCAUUGUUCAAACUGAAGGAAAUUUCUAAUAAUCCCGAAUACUGAAUGUAGAAAUCUAUCUCCAUAAAUUGAGAGAAGAAGAAAGUGAUAAGUGUUGAAAAUCAAAUGUGAUAACCUUUGAACCUUGAAUUUUGGAGAUGUAUUCCCAAGAGCAGAAUGCAACUGUGGGCAUUUCAUGUCUUAUUUCUUUCCAGAGAACAUGGUUUUCAUUUAUUUUUCCCUCAAAAGAGAGUCAAAUACUGACAGAUUCGUUUUAAAUAUAUUCUUUCUGUCAUAAAAUUAUUGUGAUUUCCUGAUGAGUCAUAUUACUGUGAUUUUCAUAAUAAUGAAGAUACCAUGAAUAUACUUUUUUUCUAUAUAGUUCAGCAAUGGCCCGAAUAGAAGCGACCAGGCACCAUCUCAGCAAUGUUUUCUCUUGUUUGUAAUUAUUUGCUCCUUUGAAAAUUAAAUCACUAUUAAUUACAUUAAAAUCAAAUUGGAUAAAACAA